CCCCCCGCGCCCGCGUUCCCGGCGCCGCGGGCCCGGAGCUCCCGGAAGUCUCGGUCCCGCCGCCGCCAGCACUCGCGAGGGGAAGACCGGGCCGCCCGGGACCUCGGCCCGCUCCUCCGGUCCCGAGAGGCCGCCGCGUCGGCUGACACCCCAGAUGCUGCUGCUGCCGCCUCGGCCACCCCACCCUCGGUCCUCCUCCCCAGAGGCCAUGGACCCGCCGCCCCCCAAGACUCCCCCUUUCCCCAAGACGGAAGGCCCUUCCUCCACUCCAUCCUCGGCGGCAGGGCCCCGACCCCCGCGGCUGGGCCGCCACCUGCUCAUCGACGCCAACGGGGUCCCCUACACGUACACGGUGCAGCUGGAGGAGGAGCCUCGGGGCCCGCCCCAGCGCGAGGCCGCGCCGGGAGAAGCCGGGCCGCGCAAGGGCUACAGCUGCCCGGAGUGCGCUCGUGUCUUUGCCAGCCCCCUGCGGCUGCAGAGCCACCGCGUGUCGCACUCGGACCUCAAGCCCUUCACGUGCGGCGCCUGCGGCAAGGCCUUCAAGCGCUCCAGCCACCUGUCGCGACACCGCGCCACGCACCGCGCCCGUGCAGGCCCGCCGCACACCUGCCCGCUCUGCCCACGCCGCUUCCAGGACGCCGCGGAGCUGGCGCAGCACGUCCGCCUCCACUGAGUUCCCGACCGGCGGGGCCUUGCGAGCCACACAGCCGUGCUGCCACACGCGCGCCCUGCCUUACCCAGGGCCCGUCUCCUCGUCUGCCCAGAGGGAGAGACCCCCUUCCUUCCUUACCUUCCUGUCUCGCUGUGUGAUGCCGGCCCCGUCGCUGCCCCUCCCUGGGCCGGGGAACCAGUCUCGGAACUGGGCCCCAGCCGGGCCGGGCCGCGCGAGCCCUCGCAGGCGCACAGCGUCUCGGGGCCCGGCUCUCCUGCUCCUGAGGGCUCAGCCGUCGUGUGCGCGGAAGAGCUGACCCAAGAGCACGGCACGAUUUUACGAGCACUGGCUCGUUCCUGUAUCUCCCCCUUUCCACCCGCAACCCUCGCCCCGUACUCAAUAAACAUUCCACACUCCGC